AUGCCCGAAGAACCUCCUGUCACAGUGUCCGGGCCCCUUGGGGACGCGCUCGCCUCGGCCUCGGACGCCGAGAAAAACGCGAGAUUCAACGCCUCAGGCAGAAGCACAACAUCCCUGAAGCCGCGCAGCUGUAUUGUAUGCCGAAGUCGGAAAGUCCGCUGCGACAAGCGAGCGCCUUGUUCCAAUUGCCGUCGCGCAAAUAUCGCUUGUGUGCUUCCAUCAACAGACCGUCCACCAAAAUGGGCGCGCCAUCUCGACCGCCUCAACAGCGCGGUAUCCAAUCUACAGGCAUCCCAGAAACCCGAACCAGUAGCAGAAGAUGUGAUGGAGAGACUUCACAACCUUGAAAGUCUUGUUCAAGAGUUACGAAAUCAGCUAGAACAGGCCAAAUCAGCAGCUAACUCCGCCGCUGAAGGGUCAUGUGGGGUCGGUUCGCCUGAAAGCUCCGCGCAUGAUCGACCGUCGAACCCAUCUUCCAUUAGUACUGCUAAUGUGCAAAGUAAGUUUGGGAGACUGGUGCUCCAGGAUUCCAAUCGAAGCCGUUACGUUAGUAGUGGUUUCUGGUCUCGGGUCAAUGACGAGCUUGAUGACCUCAGCGCAGAUGCUCAUGGUCUUCAACCAGGAGAAUCUGAUACCUCGGAUGACGAGGCCUCGCCGGAGAUGACCUCUUCGACACAAGAACUUGGACGGACCCCUGCAGAGCGUCACGGAUUCUUGUUUGGGCACAAUUUGAGUCCCUUUUCUCCUAACCUGACCGGCCUUCAUCCACUCCCCUCUCAAAUUCCAUUUCUUCUAGACAUGUUCUCAGAAAAUGUGAACAUUAUGUUCCAAAUCGUUCAUCUUCCCACCAUCAAGAACAUGGUCCGCGAUUGGCGCGGCCGUGAGAUGAAGGGACUCACACCGGCCAAUGAAGCUUUGAUGUUCGCUAUUUACUACGCUGCCGUCACGUCGAUGGAAGAAGAAGAUAUAAUACUUAAUUUCGGAGCUACCAAAGCCGAGCUCAAUCUCAAAUAUCGCCAAGGCCUCGAAUAUGCUCUUGCAAGAGCUGAUUUUCUGAAUGCACCUGACUUUGUUCUCGUGCAGGCAUUUGCAAUCUUUCUUUGUCUUGCUCGCCGGCAUGACAGUCCAAGGUUUGUGUGGAUGAUGACAGGACUGGUAAUCCGAAUGGGCCAAGCUCUUGGACUGCAUCGUGACGGAACGCAUUUUGAUUAUAUCACCCCAUACGAGAUUGAGAUGCGGCGAAGGGUCUGGUGGACCCUGUGCGUAUUGGAUGUGAGAGCAUCCGAGGAUCAAGGAACCGAUUACACAAUCACAAAAGCGAGCUUCGAUACUAAAAUACCUCUUAACCUCAAUGACAUCGACCUCGACGCCGAAUCAAAGCAAGCACCUCAAGCCCGUGAUGCCUUGACUGAUAUGUCCGUUGCGCGUGUCACCUUCGGCAUGUGUGAGAUCACGCGGCAGAUGAUGGCUCAUGGUUUCAAACAAGGAGCACCGAGCUUAGAAGAGCAAAGCCGCUUGUUGCAACAGAUAUACCAAGAUCUUCAACGAGACUUUCUUCAGUACUCAACCGAGUCCGGGAACAUUACAUACUGGGUGAUAGUUACGGUCGCUCGGCUUCUUAUGGCCAAGAUGACUCUGCUUAUCUACCUGCCUCUAUUGUUCUCCUCCCCGAAUGAAGACUUCUCGGAGGAGCUGAGAACCAAGCUACUGGUUUCCAGUAUCGAGGUUGCCGAGUACAAUCACGCGCUGAACAAUGAGCAAGCAUGUAGACACUGGCGCUGGGCUUUCCAGACCUAUACCCAUUGGUACUCCAUUGUCUACAUGAUGUUAGAGAUCUCUCGACGCCCGUGGUCACCUCUUUCUGAACGGGCUUGGGUGGCCCUUCAUAGUCCCUGGCUAAUACCGAAUCAAUCACACAUGCAAAGGAAUUUACGCAUCUGGAUUCCACUCCGAAAGCUGAUGACCAAGGCCAGGAAAUAUCGCGAUAUGGAGUUGGCGCGGCUGAGAAAUGACUCUCAAGCUGCUCAACAACUGAAGCAGGCCUAUCAAACUGCACCACUCCCGUCGAGCACUGGGCCGUUUCCAUCUGGUUCAAAUUCUGUAGGUCUCUUCCUUGACCAAUGGCGCCAGCUGGUGGCACAACGAGAUAAAACCAGAUAUGGCGCACUCACGCCCGGGUUUGCCAUUACCAAUACGUCUAAUCCACCGAUGCAUAAUGCAAGUACGAUGCAGUCAAGUGUGCAUAAUGCUCCCAAUCUGUUUCAAACAUUCCCCUCUGCUUUGACCGUUGAGCCACAGUAUCUUCCUGCAGAAGAACGGCAGUUCGGGUACGAAGUGUCAAGUGUUGGAUCUACAAGCUUCGAUUCAGCCAUGGCACCUAACAUAGGAAUCGGAUUUGGACCUGAAAACCCUGCCGCUUCAUCACAAAACCACUUCUCAAUGGCACCAGAAGUUCAAUUCGACGGUCAACUUGCCACCCCACCCGUUGCACCUUGGCUGUGGUCUGAGGAGGACACUUCAAUUGAUUUCACCAGUACCUCCGAAGACCCAGCCGAUAGUAACAUGGGCAUGGAUGAGGAGGUGAAUUGGUACGAUUGGGCCGCGUCUGCGAAAGACACGGAGUGUGAUGGAGGGACAUGGAGCAGUUGA